ACAGGGCGCUCAACAGUGUGUUUGUGUCUUCUGAAGGUUUGACUUAUGAGAGAGCGAGAGAGAGAGAGAGAGAGAGAGAGAGAGAGAGACAGAGAGAGAGAGAGAGAGAGAGAGAGAGAGAGAGAGAGAGAGAGAGAGAGAGAGAGACAGAGAGAGAGAGACAGAGAGAGAGAGAGUUGAAUAAGGAAAUAGCAGACACUUCAAACUGGAAUGCUUUUGAUGACACAAGUGAAGACCAAGUUCCAAGCCCAGGGCAUGACCCUAGAGACACUGGUGUGGAUCAGACCAUUAUAAAGGAUGGGUUCCAGCUGCAGUGGUCAGAAACGUCAGAAAGAUGACAUCCACCACCCAGGGAAAGGCUCUCAAACCACCAACUCCACCAACCACACUGCACACAAUACGGAACAGGCCUCCGGUAUUGACGAAGACGUUGUCAUUGCUCUGCACGACUUCAAACCAACCACGGACCAGGACCUACCGUUCAGAAAGGGAGAGAGGCUUCAGAUCCUCCAGGAGAAUGGGGACUGGUGGUUUGCUAAGUCACUGGUGACGGGAGAGGAGGGGUGCAUCCCGUGUACGUACGUGGCCAGAGUAGACACCCUAGAAAUAGAAAAAUGGUUUUUCAAGGACCUGAGUCGUAGAGAGACAGAGCGUCUGCUCCUGGCUCCGGGGAAUAAAGCCGGGUCAUUUCUAGUUCGGGAGAGUGAGACCACCAAAGGUGCUCUCUCCCUGUCCAUCAGAGACGUAGGGCUGGAGCAUGGGGAUGUGGUGAAGCACUAUAAGAUCCGUUCCAUGGACAACGGAGGGUUCUACAUCUCUCCGUCCACCUCCUUCUCCUCCCUGCAGGAGCUGGUCAAGUACUAUACCCGUACGUGUGAUGGGUUGUGUCAGCGUCUGAACGCCCCCUGCAAGCCGAAGGCCCCCGUUCAGCCGUGGGCCCAGGACGAGUGGGAGAUCCCCAGAGACACGCUGAAAAUGAUCAGGAAGUUGGGAGCAGGACAGUUUGGAGAAGUCUGGAUGGGUUACUAUAAGGGCAAUCAGAAGGUGGCGGUGAAAACCCUGAAGGAGGGGACCAUGGAGCCUGAGGCCUUCCUCCAGGAGGCCAACCUGAUGAAGCAGCUGCAACACGACAGACUGGUCCGCCUCCACGCCGUCGUCACCAUGGAACCCAUCUACAUCGUCACGGAGUUCAUGAUCAAUGGAAGUCUGUUGGACUUCCUGAAAACAGACGAGGGCAAGAAGUUGAAGCUCACCAAACUGAUAGACAUGUCAGCCCAGAUAGCUGAAGGCAUGGCCUACAUUGAGAAGAAAAACUAUAUCCACAGAGACCUGCGAGCCGCCAACAUUCUGGUCAAUGAGACUCUCCACUGCAAGAUAGCAGACUUUGGCCUGGCCAGGAUCAUAGAAACGGAGUACACAGCAAAAGAAGGUAUGACAAUCCCCCUUUAUUUAACGAGGCAAGUCAGUUAAGAACAAAUUCUUAUUUUCAAUGACGGCCUGGGAACAGUGGGUUAACUGCCCUGUUCAGGGGCAGAACGGCAGAUUUUUACCUUGUCAGCUCGGGGGAUCUUGCAACCUUUAGGUUACUAGUCCAACGCUCUUACCACUAGGCUACCUAACGCCCCAAGGUGUGACUAUGAGGCAGUGUUGACACAGGAAACAUAGUACACAGCAAAAGAAGGUAUGACUAUCAGGCAGUGUUUACACAGGCAGCCGAAUUCUGAUGUUUUGGCCAAUUAUAUGCAAAUCUGAUUGGUCAAAAGACCAAUUACUGGCAAAAGAUCAGAUUUUCAAUUGACACGACGUCCUUGCCAUACCUUUGGUUGUGGCUGGCAACGCGACACACUUGGUCCCGCAGCCCAAAUUUACCGUAAAUAUCACAGUAGCCACUAGCCAGUAAGCACAAACUAUUCAACAACGACAAGCACACGUGUCUUCUAAACCAUA